GGGCCUUGGUUCGCCUUCCACGCCCCCCACCCCCCACAUUUUUUCCUCCCAUUCCUUUCCCUGCUCCUCUUCCCCCACCCACACCUCCACCUCCCUCUUCCUCCCUCUCUCUCUCUCUCUGGACGAGCUUCUCCAGUACGCCUCGCCGCUGGACUCCCGGGGCGCGGCGUUAACUUGGUUAACAAGGUAGCUAGCUGGAGGUGUGGGGAGCCAUGGCUACCCACGACGAAGCGGUGGCCGCCGACAUCAUCUGCUCGCUGCGCGGGGCCGACCUGGCCGGGUGGACGCCGCCGUGGAGCAAGCGCGUGGAGGCCGAGGCGGCGGCGGCGGGGGAGCUGUCCUGGCCGGCCGUGGCGCGGGGGAAGCGGUCGCGCCGCCGGUCGCCGUCGUCAGCGCCGGCGCCGGAGGGGAAGAAGGGGCGGAGGUGCGCCGCCCGGUCCAGCCCGCCGUCCCCGCUCGAAUACAGCGCCGGGUCCGCCUCCCUCCGCUCCGGCGCGUCCACCAGCGGCGGCGAGGACGGCGGCAGCGGCUUCUGCUCGCCCUGGCACCGCCGCGCCGCGCCGGCGACGACGAAGGUGGAGUCCAUCCGACGGCCACAGUUGACCUUCCCAGCCCCGCCUCUACGGCCCACCGGUCAGCGCCAAAGGAAGAAAAUGAGGCUACCAGAGGUCCAGCAGCUGGUGCGCUCUCUCACGGCGGAGAAUGGGAGCCUUCAUGAGGAGAUGAGGGCCUUGCAGAGAGCUUGCUCCGCUCUGGCGAAGGAAAAUGACAAGCUGGAGGCAAGAGUAGAGCAGCGAUCCAACUCACAAAAUGCAAUCGCAUUGAAGGAGGAGAAAGGAAAGCAACAGAUUGAUCAGCAGCCCCCCAAUGACAGCUUUGCGCUACCAGAUCUGAACCUUCCUGCACAGGACAAUGCUGAUGCCGUCCAUUGUUGAGGGCUUCCAAGAUUUGCGUGGCUUCGCUAACCAAAUAACAAAAUGUAAAAAGAGGUAGCAGGAGGCUAGCUAGGUUGGGUCAUGGCGGCGUCACGAAAGAAGAGAAUGCCACAUAUAUAUAUAUAUGAUUAAGUUGUUAGAAUUUACAGGGUCAGGUGUCACUGUCUUAAGUGACAGGGUCAGGUUGUAGCUAAACGGAAAACGACUAAUUUAGCUCAUCUGAUAAUUGCUUUACCUAGUGCUUCUAUAUUUCAUAGAGCUGGUGGGGGAAGGUACAGCUCAAACUGAUUCACACUGUGUAGCGGAUUCAGAUGAAUUUAUUCAUGUUAUUUCGUUCAGUGAAAGUGAACCGUGCAGGUUGGUUUACUGA